AUGACUCCACCUUCCCCUUCACCUGUGCCUUCCGCAGUCUCCUCCGCAGCAGCUUCACAACACUCGUAUGACCCUCGAGAUGGAGAUGCUUCGGUAACACGCGCCUUGGCGGGCAUGAACUUGUCCGCUCACGCGAACGCAAACGAUCUCCCUCCCCCAGCACUCUCUCCAGCCGGAAAACCCACUAAAGCAACCAUGGCCGCUCGUCUUACGCGCAUGUUCUCCAGCACGGGGAAAACCACACCAACCAGAGAAAAUAAUGAAGUCCACCAUUCCGACAGCAGCUUAGAAAGCGUCCCCCACACAAAUGGCAGGACAUCAAAGCCCUCCUCCAGACCUCCUUCAAGACCUCCUUCCAGAGGCGCAAACUCCCGUACCCCAUCACGAAACCCGUCUUUGAAGAGUGAACCCAUCGACAAGUCUGAUAAGAAGAAACCUGACGAUAAGAAGAAAGAUGGUGCCGCGCCUGCGCACAAGCGCUUCGAGGUUCUCCCAGAAACUCUCGGCAACCAUUCGCAUAAUUUGAGAAGCGCCAGGCGGCAAGAAAAGCUGACCGACCUGCUGCGCGAUAUGCUGGGUGGCAGGAAAAAGGGAGACGACCAGGUGGAUGAGCAGCAGCUGUCGCUCAUGUCCACCUGGAUCGACCAGUUCAAAACUGAGCGGGAUAAGCUGGCUGCCGAUAAGAAGGGUGGCCCCAACGCCACUGCUUCUCUGGUCGACAAGUACGGCAAGUGCCAGGAGAUCGUCGGCCGUGGCGCCUUUGGCAUCGUCCGUAUCUCGCACAAGGUCGACCCCCAAGAUUCCAAGUGUGAGCAGCUAUACGCCGUCAAGGAAUUCCGCCGUCGCCCUCAAGAAACCACCAAGAAGUACCAAAAGCGAUUGACCUCGGAGUUCUGUAUUUCAUCGUCCCUCCGUCACCCCAAUGUUAUCCACACUCUGGACCUCCUGCAAGACGCCAAAGGAGACUACUGCGAAGUCAUGGAAUACUGCGCCGGAGGCGAUCUCUACACCCUAGUUCUUGCUGCCGGCAAGCUUGAAGUCGCUGAAGCCGACUGCUUCUUCAAGCAGCUCAUGCGUGGCGUAGAAUACAUGCACGAAAUGGGCGUUGCCCACCGCGAUCUCAAGCCCGAAAAUCUUCUCCUGACCACCCACGGCGCCCUCAAAAUCACAGACUUCGGCAACGGCGAAUGCUUCCGCAUGGCCUGGGAGAAAGAAGCCCAUAUGACAGCCGGACUCUGCGGCUCCGCGCCCUAUAUUGCGCCUGAAGAAUACGUUGAGCGGGAAUUCGACCCCCGAGCCGUCGAUCUGUGGGCGACCGGUGUGAUUUACAUGGCGAUGCGCACGGGCCGACACCUCUGGCGUGUGGCUCGCAAAGACGAAGACGAGUUCUAUCAGCGAUACCUUGACGGCCGGAAACAUGAAGACGGAUACGCACCUAUUGAGACGUUGCAUCGGGUAAGAAAUGCUAAUCGCUUUCCUUCGGGUCAAAAACUUAUUUCUUCGCAGGCUCGUUGCCGCAACGUUAUCUACUCUAUUCUUGAUCCGAAUCCUUCUCGCCGCAUCAAUGCUUCGCAGGUUCUUAAGUCUGAAUGGGUGCGCCAAAUUAAGCUAUGUAAGGCCGGCGAGGAAGGGUUUUGA